GGUUCGCUCUAUAUAUUAGGCAGUAAAUGUAGAGGUAAACACAUAAAAUUUCACAGUAUCAUAGCAAAAUCAUGAAAAUGUCUAACACAAGGAUCUUUGCCUCAAGGCCAAUGUUGAUAAUUCUUCUCAGCCUUGUAGUAUCUUCCUUCUUCAGCACCACAGCUGGACAAAUUGGAGUAUGCUACGGGAUGCAAGGCGAAGGUUUGCCAAGUCCAUAUGACGUUGUGGCUCUUUACAAGCAAAAGAACAUCCAGAGGAUGCGUCUCUACGGCCCUGACCCAGGCGCUCUUAACGCUCUCCGUGGCUCUGGCAUCGAACUCAUCCUCGAUGUUCCCAACGCAUAUCUUGACCGUGUCGCCAACAGCCAACCGGAGGCGGACAGGUGGGUCCAAGAAAACGUUCGGCGCUACAGUGACAGUGUCAGGUUCCGGUACAUCAACGUCGGGAAUGAGGUGCAACCCUCAACUGGGGGGCUUCUCUUACCCGCAUUGCAGAACAUUGAGAGAGCCCUUUCUGGAGCAGGGCUUGGAGUCAAGGUCACAACGUCUAUAUCCACUGACACCACCAUAGAAACGUAUCCUCCAUCUCGAGGAAGGUUCAAGGAUGAGUAUAUAAGCUUUCUUGGACCAGUGAUAGGUUUCUUGACGAGCAAGCAAUCUCCCAUGCUCGCGAAUAUCUACCCUUACUUCGGCCACAUGUAUAACUCGGGCCAAGUCUCUCUAGAUUUCGCUUUGUUCAACUCCCAGUCCACUGCAUUCACUGAUAGCGGAAACAAUUUGCAAUACAAAAAUUUCUUCGAUGCAAGUGUAGACUCUGUUUAUGCGGCACUGGCGAAAUCGGGAGGCGGAUCGAUGAAGAUCGGGGUGUCUGAGAGCGGUUGGCCCACGGACGGAGGAAAAGGGGCAAGUGUCGGAAACGCCAGGACUUAUGCUAACAGUUUGAUACAACAUGUGAAGAAUGGAACACCGAGAAGGCCAGGUCAACCUUUAGAGACUUAUAUAUUCGCUAUGUUCGACGAGAAUAAGAAGGAUAAUGCUGCGUAUGAGAAGUUUUGGGGACUGUUUCAUCCGGAUCGACAGCCUAAGUAUGACGUCAAUUUCAACUAAUUCUUGCAAAGGCUUCUUGAAGAAGAAGACUUGUGAGGCUUUUUCUCUUAAGAGUGGAAAACUUGUUGUAACAAUAAGGAAUGUGCCAUAACUUUGUUGUACUCCAUCGUUUUAACUGCUAUGUUAUUAUAAUGAUAUGCUGAGUUUCAUGAACCA